AUGUCACCGCCACCUCACCACUCCCGCACGGAUCUGUCUGACUUGAAGUCCCAGAUAACGAGGAGACUUGGACCCGAGAGAGCCCGGCGCUACUUCGGCUUUUUGAACAGGUUGCUGCGCCAGAAGCUGAGCAAGUGUGAAUUCGACAAACUAUGUUUUGCGACUAUUGGGUCGGAGAAUAUUCCUCUACACAACCAAUUGAUCCGCUCAAUCCUCAGAAAUGCCCAUCAGGCCAGGACUCCACCUCCAACAGUCCAUGACAAGAAUAUACUGAAGCUCGACGGAGCUGCUGUGAAGAAAUCCAUUUCAGUAAACGAUGGGUCCCAUCCAUCUCCAGUCAGUACACCAAUCCCCCCUGUUUGGUCCAAUGGGGACAUAUUGGCACCUUCUCCUCGGAAGAGCAGAUCAACAAAUCGUAGAACCAAAGAUAGGCCAAGCCCACUGGGACCAAAUGGAAAGAUGGAUGCUAUUGCUCGUCUCCCAAUGCCAUCUGACGAAGCAAAUAUCAGGGAGAAUGGGCAUUUGAAAAAACCAGUGAAUCGUCUGAUAGUAGGACUCACAGAAUUGCCCAUGAAGAUUCAGCGAGUUGAGAAGCCAUCACCACGUGACAAAUCUUCUGUACAGAAUAAAGAUUCCGUUGAUGUUGCAGUUGUGGAAGACGGACAAGAGGUGGAGAAAACAGAGGUUAUACAAUAUGACAGAGGUUCAAUUAGGGCUCCACUUGGAAUCCCGUUCUGCCCAGCCAGCAUUGGUGGUGCACGCCACCUGGCUCCCUCCCCCCCUUGUGCUAGUACUAGCUUUGCUAGUAAUCGUUGUAGUGGUGAGUUGUGCCAUACAGAGGCUUUGAAGAAGCGCAUGGAGCAGAUAGCAGAAGCACAGGGCUUGGGAGGUGUAUCAAUGGAUUGUGCUAAUCUGCUGAAUAAUGGUCUGGAUGCAUAUUUGAAACGGUUAAUCAGGUCUUGUGUUGAUCUAGUUGGGACAAGAUCAGGAAAUGAAGCAAUGAAGCAGCCAGCCUUCAAACAGCAAGCUCAUGUAAGGAACCCCAGUGGCAUCUGGCAGGGAAAUCAGGCACAUGUACAAAAUGGUGUUGGAUCCUUGGAAGGAAUGCAGGAGUCAAGAAGUAAUCAUUCAGUGUCUGUGCUGGAUUUUAGGGUAGCUAUGGAGUUGAACCCACAGCAACUUGGUGAAGAUUGGCCAUUGCUGUUGGAGAAAGUAUGCCAUCGUUCAUUUGAAGAAUAA